GUGACAGUUGUCAUUUUAUUUAAACAUGUUCUAUUUACCAAAAAUUAUUAUUUAUUUAUACAUUAUACUUCAAUUUGUUUAUAAAAUCAAUGGCUACAUAUAUCCUUUAUGUGAUCGCGAGGGAGGAGUAUGCGUUGGUGAAAAUUACAAAAUUGAAGAUCCUGAACCGACGAUGAGCGAAGCACUGCUGAGUUCCAUUUUCUUUCCACUGAAUUGUAUAUUUUGUCCCAUGUUCCUGGCCUCUCAAGAACUCUACGAUUGCUUUUUGAGGAGGCUUUUCAUCAAACAAACCGAAAUCGAAAUGGCCCCACUAACAUUUAUAGAGACCAUUUGGGUUUGGUUGGGAUACGAGGUAAUACCUCAGCAGAGCAUUGUGGUGAAGCAAUGUUCUUACUAUGCCAUAACAGUGGGUGUCGUUAUUUUGUUAAUUGCUGCCGGAUUUAUUUACUUGACAAAGAAGAUGGCUGAUUAUUUUCGCGAGGGAUACGAAUCGCACCUUUCCCGGAACUCUGAAGGUGACUUUAAUUACUCUUUAGGAAGCCAGAUAUGCGUGUGUAAAAUUAACGAUGAAAAUAAUAUUUAAUAAAUA